CACACGUGCCCGUCGUCUUUGUCCUGCUUCACAGCUCCUCUGGCUGCCAUGGGCACUGCCUACAGGGAGAGGAGCUGACUGCCGCCUGUGCCAUUUCCUCACAUUGCAUCCAUCCCUUGCAGCAGUCUCCGUCAGUAUCUCAGUCCGUGCAUCGCGGGAGGAAUCUCGGUCUAUUUUCCGAGGCACAAUGACCGGAUCCCCGUAGGCGAUACCCGGCGACGUCUGCCCACCUGGAAGAUGCUGCUGCUGCUGGGAUGAUGCGUGUUUUGUUUCCAUCUGUGCUCCAGCCGGACGGGUUUCUGUUUGGAUGAUGCGCAGAGGUGUUCUCGAUGUCUUUAUGUUUCACCCUGAUUUGGAAAACCCCCAUCCCAUCAGGAGAUCCAUGACCCGGUUUCUGUACCGCUGUCAUCAUGUCCCCAGCAUCGGCUGCAACAGCCAGUGAGAGCAGCACCACCACCGUCCCCGAAGAGGAGCCGGACAGCCCGAGAGAGGAGCAGCGGCCCCAGAAACAGUCCUUCACUAAAUCCUUGUGUCAGGAAACUCACUGGAAAUGCCUGCUGCUGUCCCUUCUGAUGUACGGCUGCGUCGGCGUGAUGGCCUGGUGUCAGGUGACCAAGGUCACACGCCUCUCCUUCGACAGCGCCUACAAGGGAAAGUCUAUGAUGUACCAUGACAGCCCCUGCUCCAACGGCUACAUCUACAUCCCUCUGGCCUUCCUGGUCAUGCUCUACGUGGUCUACCUGGUGGAGUGUUGGCACUGCUACACCAGGAACGAGCUGCAGUACAAGGUGGACGUGGACAGCGUGGGGGAGCGCAUCCAGAGGAUGCAGCAGGCUACACCCUGCAUCUGGUGGAAGGCCAUUAGCUACCAUUAUAUCAGAAGGACGCGGCAGGUGACGCGCUACCGUAACGGGGAUGCCUACACCACCACGCAGGUCUACCAUGAGCGUGUCAACACCCAUGUGGCUGAGGCGGAGUUUGAUUAUGGGAACUGUGGGGUUAAGGACAUCUCGAAGCACCUGCUGGGCCUGGAGGACUUCCCCAUCACCAGGCUGAGGUUCACUAAGUGCUUUAGCUUUGCCAACGUGGAGUCAGAGAACUCGUACCUGACCCAGCGGGCCAGGUUCUUCACAGAGAACGAGGGCCUGGAUGACUACAUGGAAGCCAGGGAGGGGAUGCACCUGAAGAAUGUAGACUUUAAGGAGUAUAUGAUUGCCUUUUCUGACCCUAAUCACCUUCCCUGGUACGCAGCCAACUCCACUUUCUGGGUGGCAGCUGCUUUCACCCUCUCCUGGCCUCUGCGGGUGCUGACUGAGUACCGCACUGCCUGUGUACACUACCAUGUAGAGAAGCUGUUUGGCUUUGACUAUGUGCCAGUAACACCAUCUGAGGAGCGGCCACAUUGCAGACACAUCCCACGAGUCAACACAAUCGACAGCACGGAGCUGGAGUGGCACAUCCGCUCCAACCAGCAGCUGGUGCCCAGCUACUCAGAGGCAGUUCUCAUGGACCUGGCCCAGCUCUCAGGGAGCUGUAACAACUACUCCGUAUGUGGAGGCUACGGUAGCUACAGGCAGAACUGCGAACGCUGCCACCGCGCCAUCAGCAGCUCCUCCAUCUUCUCUCGCAGCGCCCUCAGCAUCUGCAACACGGGGAGCCCCCGCAUCCCCUUCAGCGCCAGCCGCUUCUCGCUGGGCCGGCUGUACGGCUCCAGGCGGAGCUGCCUGUGGAGGAGCAGCGGGAGCCUGAACGAGCGGUCCUGCCCCACAGAGAGCACGCGCUGUCUGUCAGGCCAACAGAGCAGUGAGGAGAACCCUCCAGCCUAUCAAGACGCUCUGUACUUUCCAGUGCUCAUUGUGCAUCGCAACGAAGGCUGCCUCAAUCACGACCACCGCUCCCUGCACAGAAACGGCUCCUGUGUGGAGACCUCUCUAUGACC